AUUUCCCAGUCGAAUCUCCUCACUUCCUGUUAGCUAGUACUAACAGCAAACAGCUGGAAAGGAUGGUGAGGGAUAUCCAUCAGCCUUGAAGUCGAUAUGGCAGUUUUAUUUCUGAAAAGAUAGGAGUCUGCGUACCAAGCUGUCGUCCAUGAAACGCCCGUGAUUUUGAACUUAUUUUCCCCGGAAUCCGGCUGCGGCUGGCCGGCGUACCGCUAUUCCCAGCUGCCCGCAGUCAUUAGCCUCGCCAGAUACGUGAGCAUCGCAUCUCUUUGGAGGAGAUGGGAUUGCAGGACAGGACGAUGGCCUCGCUGGGACUCUGCUUACUGUGGGCUGUACUGUCCCAGAGUCAGCAGCCCCUGGACCCAGUAGACCAGGAAGUCUUCCAGCCCCAGAGCACCCUCUCAGACAUGGAGUUCACCACUGUGAGCUCAUUCCGCGGCCCAGGCAACAACGAUUCGCGCAGCAACAAGGAGCUCCCCAUCUUGCUGUGGUGGACCGCAGGCCUUUUCCCGCAUUUCCCCGGCGACACGGAGCGCAUCGAUUGCGCCCACUCCUCGUGCAUGGUCACGCGCCUCCGCAAGGUGCAGCUGCACCGGCGCACCACUGCCAUCAUCUUCUACGGCACUGACUUCCGGGCAUAUGAGGCGCCGUUGCCCCGGUUGCCCCACCAGAUGUGGGCGCUCUUCCACGAGGAGUCGCCGAUGAACAACUACGUCCUGUCACACAGCCCCGGCAUCCAUCUCUUUAACUACAGCGCCACCUUCCGCCGGGAGUCCGACUACCCGCUCACGCUCCAGUGGCUGCCCACGCUCGACUACCUGCUGAGCCCGCCGGUGUUCUCGCUGCAGCAGAAGAAUAAGUGGCGCAGGGCGGGGCUGGCCCCUGUGCUGUACAUGCAGUCCCACUGCGACGUGCCCUCUGACCGCGAUCGCUAUGUCCGCGAGCUCAUGAAGUACAUCGAGGUGGAUUCAUACGGGAAGUGUCUGAACAACAAGCCUCUGCCUGAGCGUUUGGAGGACACGAGUACAGCCACGGGAGAGGAUGCGGAGUUCAUGAGCUUUGUGGCGCGCUACAAGUUCCACCUGGCCAUGGAGAAUGGCCUGUGCGCAGACUACAUGACGGAGAAGCUGUGGCGGCCGCUGCACCAGGGCUGCGUGCCUGUGUACAGGGGCUCCGCCUCUGUGCUGGACUGGCUACCCAGUGAGCACUCCGCCAUUCUUAUCGACGACUUCCCCUCCCCCCGUGAGCUCGCCCAGUACCUGAAGGCACUAGAUGGCGAUGACGCGGAGUACGCCCGCUUCCUGGGGUACAAACUCCCUGGGCGCCUUACCAACACCCGCCUGCUGGAGGCGAUGCGAGACCGGGAGUGGGGAGUCAACGACAUGAGCAUGCCCAACUACCUCAAUGGCUUCGAGUGCUUCGUGUGUGACCGGGAGAAUGAGCGGCUGGUGGCCACACGAGCUCAUCGCCGAGCCCCCAAGAAAAACCCCUUACCGCUGGCGAGAAUGGCGAACAGCUCCCACAUGGGCUGCCCGCUGCCCUGCCCUGGCUUUGGGACCGUCGCUGACCUUCCCGCCAAUGACAGCUGGCUGCAGAUGUGGCCCCCAGAUUACUGGCAAAGCCUGGACCAAGCAGAGGGGUUGCAGUCUCUGAUCCAGCACAACGAGUCAGACCCGGGACUCCUGUGGCACUAUAUGCAGAAGCUAGCUGCAAGUAGGACUGGAGGCGUUUAGAGAAGAGCAGUGCAAACUGACUCAAAUGGUGACGUGGGCUCAUGUUUCAAGGCGAGGUCCGGCUGUUGUACCCUUGAGGUGUGUGAGAUUUGCACAUAUAUAAGCUCACUAAAACUUUUUCCAGGAAUUAAAACUCAGGAAAUUGCCUCUUCUAUAGGGCACAACAUUCCCACUGUGCUUAGUAUUUAUCUGCAGAUUUAAGUUGUUUACAAUCAAGUGUGCUGUACAUGCCCACUGGUUUUGUACCAUUUACCAAGUUUUGUACUUGUUUUAUUUUAAUCACCCAUCUUAUUUAGAUGGAUUUUUUGAUUGCACAUGUCUGCAUCUCCGACCCUUUUGUGGAUUUUCAUAUAGUCUGUACAUAAGCAUUUAACCUUUCUAUAUAUUGUACAUAUUAAACUUUGUAUUUUGUUUUUAUAGAAUUAAACAAAGAGGUGGUA